AAAAGUGCAUGCCACCAUUUUUCUAUGUCGAAUAACGAAAAAUAUUAGUCUAAAUAAUUUGUUUGUCGUUUUUCUAAAUUGACAACUUUUUGAGCUUAAGAAAAAUCGCUAAGUUAAACAUAGUGGUAGUCUAGUAAUCAAUUAGGAAUUUUAACAACAAAAAAAUAGUAAUUGAGAUUUAAAAGAUCAAGACUGUACAUAGAUCUAGAUCUAGCUAGAUAGUUAGUUUAGUAGAUCUAGACUAGAGUGACUAGAGAUCUACAAGACUACAUUGAAUCAGUAACAUUGACUACAUGACUAGAUCUAGUACAUCAUCGGGAAGACAGAGAGAGUCAAAGUAAUGAGUAAAUGAGUGUAACAUUAUUCUGAUUGAAUCAUUGUUAUGGCGACAACUAAAAAAGCUUGGAAACUUCAGGACUUUGUGGCACAUGCAUCAGAUGUGAAAUGUCUUGGUUUAGGUCACAAGUCUGGAAGGGUGAUGGUUACUGGUGGAGAUGAUCGUAAAGUUAACUUAUGGUCAGUGGGAAAACCCCAUUGUAUUAUGAGUUUGACUGGUCAUACUACAAGCAUUGAGUGCGUACGAUUUGGUCAUGAUGAGGAACUAGUUGUAGCUGGCUCUCUGUCUGGUGCUUUGAAAGUCUGGGACUUGGAGCAAGCCAAAAUUUUAAGGACACUGACAGGACAUAAAGCUGGGAUCAAAUCUUUAGACUUUCACCCUUAUGGCAACUAUGUGGCAUCAGGAUCCAUGGACUGUAAUGUAAAGUUGUGGGAUAUUAGAAGAAAAGGUUGUAUAUAUACUUACAAAGGUCAUACUAAUUGUGUUAAUUGUCUUCGUUUUACUCCUGAUGGACAAUGGAUAGCUUCUGCUAGUGAGGAUAAUACUAUAAAGAUCUGGGAUCUCACAGCAGGUAAACUAUUAACAGAGCUCAAACUCCAUAGAGGACCAGUAAAUACUGUAGAAUAUCAUCCAUCUGAUCUCUUGUUGGCCUCAGGCAGUAGUGAUAAAACUGUCAAGUUUUGGGACUUAGAGACAUUCCAGUGUAUCAGCAGCUCUGAUACUGACAAACAUCCUGUCAGGAGUUUAAUCUUCCAUCCUGAGGGAACUUGUUUGUAUAGUGGUUGUGAAGACAGCUUGAAAGUUUAUGGUUGGGAGCCAUUUGUUUGUCAUGAUGUUGUCCCAGUGUCAUGGUCUGAAGUGGCUGAUCUAGCCAUCACAAGUUCACAGCUAAUUGCUGCGUCCUUCACUAAGACGAAUGUUUCCACCUUUGUUGUAGAUUUAAAUAAAGUUGCCCCCACGGGUGCAGUUAGCAAAUCAGAUGACUUAAGAACACCACCAAGAUUAACCAGCUCAAGUGGCAGACGCAGCUUUAUAACAGACAGACCACCAACAUCUUCUUCAAGAGAAACAAAUGAGCCCAAGAGAUCAGACACACCUCCAGACAGUAAGGACAAAGAAAGACCAGAUGUCAAUGAUGAAGAUGGUGCUUCCUCCCAGGCAGACAUACAGGACCAAGAUGACUACAGAAGAAUAUUUAAAGAAAAUGCAAGAAAUCCCAAUGGCAGACAGAGAGUGGAACCUUUCCAGCCCCCACCAGAUGAUGACAUGCCAGAUCCAGUCAAAGUCACAGCCCCUAGUGCCUCAGUAAAAAAAGAAAUCUCUCCUAGAAUAAAACCAGUUCAACAGCAGAAGCCAUCAGUUAGAGAAUCAUUUGGUUGUGUGCAGCCUGCAGACUUUUUACCUAAACAGAAAGCUGCUAGUGAUCUGAAUGAGAAUGAAAUACUGGACAUGUUAAACAAAGGUCAUAAUACAAUGAUGACAGUUUUAAUUCAGAGGAGUCGAAACCUGCAAGUGGUCAGAGCAAUGUGGACAUCAGGAAACACAAAGACCGCCAUUGAUUCAGCUCUAUCUAUGAAGGAUCCUGCUGUUAUGGUUGACCUAUUAAGUAUCAUCAAUACUAGAGCAACUCUAUGGUCACUAGACCUGUGUAAUUUAUUGUUACCACAGUUGAAAGAAUUGAUGAGUAGCAAAUAUGAAAGUCAUGUCAUGGCUGCGGCUAAUGCAGUCAAGCUGGUAUUAAAAAAUUUUGGCCAUGUUAUAAAGGGUAACAUGGAAGAACCACCAUCAUCGUUUGUAGAUAUAUCUCGGGAAGAAAGACAUAAGAAAUGUUUAGCAUGCUACACCUGUCUGUCUUCCAUCAAGAGUUUGAUUCAAGCUUCACACACAACUGUCACCCCCAAGAUGUCAGCUGUGUACAGAGAAAUUAUGUUGUUGAUGGUUGUCUUAGAUUGAUUGUGCCUAGAGGAAUAUGUUGUGUACAAAUGAUUAUAUAUUUUCUAUAACGGAUCUGUUAUGUUUGACAGAUGUGCUCCUUUUCUGACUUUGUGAGUAUUCUAAUUGAGUCUGAAUGGAUUGCUGUGUUUUGAUUGUGAUUGUUUAGCUACACAAAAAGUGAUUGAAAAUUCUUUGCAAGUCUUCUUGUACCCAGUCUGUCACAUAGCAAUGUAAUAGCAAUCAUUAAACACAUAGCUGUCCAAACUAUAACCAACUCACAGAGUAACUAAAAAUACAUUGUUGAACAAGUUUAUUUAAUGAACUAAGUCAAAUGCUGAGUUUUGCAUAUUGAAUGUGGACAACUUUGUUGAUCAACCAUUCCAUAGUUCCAUUAACAGAUGCCUUGGCGCACAUGUUCUCCUAGUGGCUUCUAGAUUCUUUCAAUUUAUGUCUAAGUUGGUUUCACCUAUGUUGAGGCACAUGUCAUUUCUACUACAUUUAAAACAUGGAUAGACUCCAAUCACUAAAUAGUUUGCUGUCUUUAACUUGGCACUAUUGGUUUUAUUGGUUUUAUACUCCCAGUUUUGUUUAUACAUCAUUAGUCUUUUUCUUUAAUGUGGAAUGCUUCAUUUGUUUAAUCUAGUGUUCACAUCCCGUAUAAAGUUACUCAAACCAUCAAUUUAUUGUUUCCACUGUACCAUCAAUGUAUUGAUUCACUACACAUUUAGAAUGUCGACAUUUGUGCUUGACUGAUAUUCAAGUUUCAGCCACAGAAAUAUGUUUAGGAUUGAAACUCAAUGCAAACAAGACAACAAGACUCACCACUUCAGUUGGAACUUAAUGGUGACUUUAUUGAUUGAUAGUGUUUGACCUUACUUAUGUAUCUACUUUAUUUCUGUUAGAAUCUUUCAUUCAUCCACACUUUGCUUGAUUUCAUUAAUAAUUAAAAAAAACCCAUUAAAUUUGAUUAGCGUCUUUAAUCAAGAUAAGGCAUUUUUUUUUUUUGCUUUUAGAUUUAGAAAUGAAUUUGAUCUGAAGACAACUCUCAACAGAAAUUGAUAUUCAGCUUUGUGUUGUUAAGAUGAACACUUACAUAGUUAAGAUGGUUCUUGUUAUUGCCAUUUGUUCUUCAUAGAAACAUUUACCAUUUGAAUCCACAUUAAACAAGCACCAUUAGCUGUACAUACCACUGUGGAGAUGUUCAGUUUCCCUUGAAUAGUAUAUUGAUUUGUACAAAUAUCUAGACUGAUCAAGGAUAAAAUACUUUACUAAAUUCUAAAAAUAAAAUUGUCAUUUUAGCUUGAUCAAUCAGUUAGUAAAGAAAUACUUUGUUUAAUUGUGUUGCUUCAACUGCCAUUUCUGAUAUUUGUUUAAAUCAUAGAGAUAGAAAUAAAGCUAUACUCCAAGAUCUCUAUGUAUUUGUAUCUAGCAAUGACAAAGAUGAAGGUCAUUGUGCUGGUCAUAGGGUUGUCUCCUAUUGAGAAGAGAGAGUUGUCAUUGAAAUUUUGUGUAGUGUAGAAACAUACUAUCAUAUUAUUGUCAUACUUUGUACUGCAAAAAUAACUAGUGAAAUAACGAUUUGAUAUUAUGUUUAGAAAUCUCCUUGAUCAGUCUAGAUGACAUAUAUAUAAAUAUAUAGGUCUGUAUUGUUUGCAGACUCUUCUGCUUAAAGCAGGGGUUCUCAACCUGUGGGUUGCGACCCCUUUGGGGGUCGAUUGACGAUUUGCCAGGGGUCGCCUAAGACCAUCGAAAAAAUGAAUUGAUUUUGUCCAUUCUUCUAUUGCUGUGUGUGUAUGCAAGGGGGGGGGGGGGGUGCGGCAGAGUAGGGGGGUUGUAAAAAGGGGUCGCCGAGCCUAAAAGGUUGAGAACCGCUGGCUUAAAGUAUAUAAUUGUAGAUCUAUUUCCCUUUUACCAAUUUUUGUGUCCAUCUUUGCUAACUUCUGCUCUGAGUUGUUUAAUUCUCUGCUGCUGAGAUAUCACAUGGUCAUCUUCUAUUUAUAUAUAUAUUAGUCUUUCCUUUCAGGUUUUAAUCCAAGUAAGGGAACAAUAUCUAGUAAGGAUGUGUUUGAAUGCAGGCCACGCCAUUAUUUGUAUGUGCCCAUUACACUAAGCUGUGUAUUGAAUGUUUUGACUUGAAGAACUUAUAUUGUACAAGUUCUUUUCUACUCCAUUUUGUUAAUCUCUCCAGAUCAUGCUGUGAUUCAGAUUGAACAUGAGAUGGAGAGAGAUAUAUACUAUAUCUAUAUAUUUGUCAUGCAAAGUCUACUCCGAGCCAUAUUUCCAUAGUGUGACUAUGUUUAAGUCUCUGAAAAAAAAAUUAAUUAAAAUCCUUUUAUUAGAUAAGUGACAUGGAAAGUAAUUUGUUCUCCAACUGCUUGAAAGCUAGUUUGUUAGAGCAUAAUACGUGGCAACUUGCAAAGGUUGGUUUUGGUUUUGUAAACAAAGGAGUCUUCCCUUCCCCACCCCAAAAAUGUAUUUAUGAUUUCAAUGUGAUUCUUACAGAACAAAUUGAGAAAGAAUCUGUGUGUGUGUCUGAACUGAUUGAUCAUGACAUGACUUUGUAUCAUAAAAUCUUGUGUAAAUAUUCUGCCAAUAAAGUUUGUGCUACUAGGGAGUUGUCUGCAGAUUGAUUUCUUGCUGAGAGGUAGAACUUCUCUUUUGCAAAGUUUGUAUGCAGGCAUUGAACUAGGCCCAAUAUAAUAUAGAGAUCAAAGUCUCAACAAUUUCUCUAUAUUCAGAUGUACAAAAUAUUUUGUUUUAAUUAUUUUAUACUAAAUAUUUUCCUACCACAAAUAGAGACAAUUUUUUGUUUCA